AUGUCCACUCCGUUGUGCACGGUGUACGAGAACACAAUUGGAGGCACGCGGCCACGACGCCACAUAGCUCCGCAGAUACGCACAGCCGGUCGUGUCGUUGGCCGUGACUGUGGCACCGUCGCGCAGUUGACAUCCAACUAUUACUCCUCUGGCCGCGUUACACCAGACCUCAUCAAGUUCCACAGACGUGGCGGGGAAGUGGGCCGCACGUACCGCCACUACGGCAUCGCACGUGAUCCACCAGUGGAUGAGUCAAUACGCCAUGGUAUUAAAAAUGAUGUCAGCGAAAGUGCAUUGUUGUGUCUUCAGCCUGACACGAAUCAUCUUUCAGCGUUGAUGAAUGAACAACUGGAGCGCAGGUAUCUUUCCUCCAUUCGCCGUCCACUCGGUCGCGCGCCGGCACCACCGUAUGAGGUACGCGUCCCUCGCGACGGGUUUGGUGUGCGCUCUGACCCCAGCGAAAGCGUCAAGCGAGUUAUGUACGGCGGGAAGGAUGUUGACGUUCUGCACCCUGUCGGCGAGCGCAAGGAUCGCGGCUACGACUGGGAGAGCAUUGGCAUCGACCCCACGCAACACCGUUUUGGGGCGACAUUUGCGAAGGACGCCAUUACAGCAGCGGAUGUGAUGUGUGAGAACCGCCCCAUAUCGACGGCGUUUCCGAAACUUGUGAAGGACCACAAAACGGCGGUGAAGACGGAGCUUGGUAGACCCCGCACGUACGGCUUUGAUAACUCCGCGUUUGAAGAGAAGGCAGAAAAACUUGCCGUGCGCCGUUCACGCCGUGGGGAUGGUGACGCCGCACGCGAGUUGCUCAGCAGCUGGGCGCAACACCCUGCAACGGUGCAGGCACGCGAGGAGCAGUCCGCACGCGCCGCGGCCUCCAAGACGGGUUUGAUGGGAGAUGGCACCAAAAAUACCACCACCACCACCACCAACAACACUGACAGUGACGGCAUCGAUGGUGGCAGCGGCAGGUUCCGUUCGCGGUUCACGUCUACGUUUGGCAGCAAGAGAGCUGACGGGCUCGUGGCCUUAACGGAGUUAAAGGACGAAGCACGCGUGCCGCACCUCUUGUAUCCGUCUCAUUAUGUCCAGCUCGGCGUGAAGUCCGAGUACUUUGCGGGUGGUCGACCGCUUGAAGACAUACGGAGGAUCUCAAAGCAGGUUGACUUUGGACUCACCGACAGUCAAAUCGACGAUGUUUUUGCCAGCAUCGCUCAGGAUGGCGUGUGCGGCAUUGAGCAGUUUAAGAACAAGGCGGUGGCGAUGGGGUACUUGGCGUGA